UCUUUCACACAUUACUGCUAACGUACGGUCCGUGGCCGCAGUCGGCACUCCGUCCUCAGCAGUUCACCAUGAAGCACGUAUCGACGCUCGUCGUUAUAGCGCUGUUACAACUAUGUCGAGCAGAAAUAUCGAAUUCAUUGCCAAAGUGGUACGAGGCAAAUCUCAUAAACGAAUCCAGUUACCAACCAAAACCAAUCACCGAAAUAUUUACUACACCGGAAACAUUAUCAUCUAAACCUAUCGUAGUUGCAUCGUCACCUACAACUUCCGAACCCGAAAAAGGGCUUUCAACAACCUCGUCGACUUCGUUAAGACAAACCUCAGUUGCAGAAUCUUUUACUACAGAAGAUACAACUAGGAGAGUUUUGCCCAUAGACAGAGACACUUCAUUAUUACCUAGAGCUCAAGACGAAAGAGAACAGAGAGUAAUAUACCAGCCUCAACCUCGUCCGAUUCAAGUUAUAUCUGCGCAAAGUCUUCCAGAGCGCCCUAUACCUCAAUUACAAUCCUUUCCUCAAUUCCAAGCUUCGCCCCAACAACAACAAUCAACCGGGCAACCUAAUUAUUUUCUUAUAUAUCAGCAAGCUCCACUAUCCAUUCAACAAUAUCCCGAAUCCGCAUCUCAAUCUAGACCAAGUACUACUCCGGAAUCAACUCAACAAAGCACCCGAGAACCUAUAACAUCAAGAACAACUCAGGAAACCACAACACCGCCGAGAUCAACUCAAUCAACAACAACAAGGUAUUCCACAACGGAAAGACCGCUACCGGAUAUAAUAUCUGCGAUACAAAUGAGCUCAUCAACUAUUAGACCGAUAAAACGAGAAGAACAAAUCUUCGUCACUUCAUCACCUAUAUUAUUCGGUGGGCCAUGGCAAAACCCAAGUACUUUACUAGGUCCAGCAUACUAUAGCCCUUCAAUCUUUUCGAGUUCUACAGUCGGCCCUAGCUUGACUUCUACUGGAAACCCUAAUGCAACUUUAGCGAGCGUUAUUCCAACGAUGAAUGCAUCUAGUGCAGUCCCAUCGACGCAACGCCUUAAUAAAACUCCAGCUUUGACAAUACGUGUGUCCGCACCAAGAGGUUCUGUCACAAACAUCAAGAUCAAUCCGUCGACAACGACAAGGAGACCAUCCUCACGUAGACCGCAGAGCCGGAAAGGACACAAUUACAGCGUUUGUGUUAACUCAUGCAAGGGAAAGAAAGAACCGAUUUGCGGAGCCCCACUGAAUAUGGUCCCGAUAAACCCAGAUAAGCUCAAAGGCUUUCCUUCGAUUUGUCAUCUGGCUUGUCAUAAUUCCUUCAGAAAAAAUCAGCCUUACGAGAAGAUCAUGGACGGUCGCUGCAGCAAGUUAAGAACGCGCAUUCGUACCGUCGACAAAAGCAAGAUAAGAAGGGACGAACUCAACAAAUCGCAAUACACCGUACUCAGUAACAACCAAGAAACUGUUGUUCAAAUAAUACCCAAUGAGAGAAGUGCUUGAAUAAAAUAUCCUAUCGAUUAUCAAGAAAAACUGAUAUAGUUUUUUGCUGAUGGUACAUUAGGAAAACUGUAAGUUGCCAAAUUAGUGCCUUCUUGUUUAUCAUAAGAAGAUAUUAUAACACUGCCUUACAUUUUUCAGUUCUGUUCUAUGUAAAUAUAAAGCCGCCUGUUUACUGAACCAAAAAUACGUUACAAACUUCAUACUUUGAUACUUUUUUGUUGAGCGCAAAAAGUUUUAGUACUUUUGUUUGUAACAACCAGUUUAUUGCAUCGUGUACAUAAUAUGAAAUUUAAAAAAGUAGUUAUUGUGUAAUUUUUUUUAUGCGUUGUGCUAUUUUUUGUAUUUUAGUAUGAAGAUGUUCUUGUAUCAUCACGUAUGCAUAAUUACAAAGAGUGUGCGUUUGUUUUAUAACUAAGUUAAUAUUAUUAUUGAUAUUAUCACGUUUCAUGAAUUGAAAAUCAUGAUUAACUCACGUAUUACAUGAAAUUCAACAAUUAUUUGCACAACUUACAUUUUCCUGCGGUUUCUGUUGCAAUAGUUUUAUAUUUUAGUUUAUAAAAAUAAUCAAAAGCAAGAUCAAUAUCAAAAUAGAUAAAUGUACAGUCGUCAUCAACGAAAACUCUGAAAUAUAUGUACCACUUUUGAAUGUGAUUGUACAAAAAUUAAUUUACUGAAUAUGAAAGAAAGCGUACUCAUUAUCAUUGAAACAUGAAUAGCUUUAUUAGUUUUUCAUAAGGGGUGGAAUUUACGUUUGAAAAGAGGAAGAUAUUUUUAUGAAACUGGUACACCACGAAAGAAGGCGACUGUACAUACAAAAUAAUCUCCGUCACAUUUUACUUUUGAACUUGGCAUGAUUAAGUCCGUUAUUUGAACUGUAACAGAUUAACUACAAUAGGUUUUCUUGUAAUGUUUAUUUUAUUUUUGGAUUUAAUCAAAUUUGCAUAUUGUAUUAACAAUAAAGAGAGAAAUAGCAGACUGAAGAAAUUUACUGCUAACUGACCGUUUUUAUUGAAAAUAAUACUUCCAAAUGUUAGUGAAUUACCCAACAUUAUAGCUAGGUAUAAAAAUUAUAAUUUACCCUUUAAUUUCAUCAUAUAACAUUUUUUAUUAUUGAACAUGCCUAUGUAUUUGUAUGUUGACAUAUUUAAUGUAAAAAUUUUAGUAAAACAAUCAUUGUCUUUUCCGAUUAAUAGUUUGAUAAACACUAUUCACUUUUUUUCAUUUUUUCCAUAUUUUAGUAAUGAAUGUUUGUAUUUGUAUUGCAUUCCAUUGUUGUAAAUUAUAUCCAUAGAAUCGCGAGUUUUUCUUUGAAGAAAUAUUUUCGAAGCUUAUUUAAGUAACAUUAUUGAAAAUGUCUAUGCAUUCAUUAUUAAAUUUUUUUAGAGUUUGUGUACUAAUUUUAAUAGAAGUAAUUCCGUCCAUAACAAUUAGUAAACUAAGUUACUUUUAUUCGUAUUUUUAAAGCUAUUACAAUUAUUUUACAAUUAGUGUGUCGUAAUAAACUGUAGAGUGAUAAAUGUAAAUAUAAAUAAAAAUUCUAUAAAU